AUGUACAACUGUCCUGAGAGCAUGAUCGAUCCACUGUCAUUGUCCUUGGAAAUGAAACGAGAAAGAAGAUUAUCUAAUAACAGGAUCAUCGCCGACACCAAGUAUCUAUUGACUGGAUUGAAGCAUACAUGCGGGACAUGCGGGAAGACUUACAAGCACAAGCAUCAUUUGAAGAGGCAUCACGAUUUCGAAUGCGGCAUCGAUCCAAAAUUUAAGUGUGACUUCUGUCCCCAUCGUACGAGAUACAAGGAUAGCUUGACGAAACAUUUGGUGGCUCGUCAUCAACAUCUUCUCGAACAAAACACACAGUACGGUUAUCUACAACGGCAGAGUUCAUCUUUUGAUACGGGGACUACUGGGGAUUUCAAUUCUAAUCAACACGUCCAAGGAUCCGUCUUUACUAAUUAUCCAGAAUUUUCCUAUACAGCUACGACCACCUACAGCUCGUCUAAUUGGACAGUACCAACUUUACCAUCAACGUCACGCGUGGUUAUGUACACUAGAUGUCUCCGAUCCAUGACUCUGACCGACGAUCACGAUCGUACAAAGCUUUGGGGUUCACGGAAAUACAUUUGCAACGAUUGCCAAAAAACAUUCGCGUUAAAGGCUUCUCUGGUAAGGCACAAGAUGUUCGAGUGUAACAAGAAAGAACAAAGGGAUCGUCAAUCGACGAGUCAAAAACAAAAUCUCUUACAAAGUUCGAGUAAUGGUCAUUCGAGUGCUACUACAAUCUCGGCUACGUCGUCUUCUACUAGCAAGACAAUUACUACCAAUAUCAUCGAGAGAAGAAGAUCGACGAGCAGGCACGCUUGUCCAAAAUGUAAUCGAUCCUAUGCAUUCUUCACUUCUUUAUGGAGGCAUCAACAUUACGAGUGCGGAGUUGAGCCACAAUUUAUUUGUCCUAUUUGCAAGGCCAAGUUCGCUCAAAAAAGUUACAUCAAAUGCAAAACCGACAAGCCUUAUAUGUGUUCAAAAUGUAACAAGGGAUUCGCUUGUACCUAUUCUAUGAAACGUCAUCAGAGAACAGUAUGCGGUAAGAUAAGGAACACCAACGGCCAAUUUAAGUGUAAAUGUGGAAGAUCAUACCCGAACAAGGGCAAUCUAAAACGUCACGUUGUGAACGAGUGCGGCGUCGAACGAAGAUUCUGGUGUUGCUUCUGUUUGAAAAGAUUUACGCAAAACUCGAGUCGUAUUAGACAUUUGCGAAAAUUUCACAAGGAUCAAUAUGAAAAAUUCUUAACUGGAGCCGCGUCAAUGCAGAAAAUGGAAGAUUCGUUUGGCACAUCGGAACAUUCUGGAAGGUCAACGUUCGUAUGUCCAAAAUGUGGCAAAGGAUACACGAGGAAGGCUAGUCUCCAACGUCAUUUAAGUACCGGAUGCGGUACACCACCGAUGUUCUAUUGCAACGUUUGCGGAUACAGGACAAGCAGGAAGGACAUAUUGUUGAGGCACAUGAGACACGUCCACUCUAGAUCGCAAAUUUAAUUUAUCAGAUUCUUCUAUUCUUCUUUCAUUAAUUACAGAAAAGAGAAAGAAAGAAAGAGAGAGAGAGAGAGAGAGAGAGAGAGAGAGAGAGAGAGAGAAA